AUGAGCGAAAUCCUGACCGCUCGUCCGCCAACUCCUCCGCGAACAUUUUUCAAGCGAGAUGCAGAUCAUUUACAGGAUCGACUGAAUGUGCCCGAUACCCCCUCCGCCGCUGAUUCGAACAUCUUGAGGUCGAGCAAGAAGGUCAACUUCUCCCCAAUCACGAGCUACAUCAAGCCGGCAACAGCCUCGGGUUUGACCCCCGUGUCCAAUACCGCGAUUCGUUCGAUCCCUCCUUCCAAUGAAUGCAAACCGGUCAAGUCGAUUCUCAAAAUGACGAAUGGUCCAACUCCAACGGAAGAAAACGAGCCCCAGCCUUUCGCUGUUCUACUGGAAUCGGCAAUACAACAACUGGCCGGAGAGUCUAUAAGCUCCCGAGUGGACGCUUACAUACACCUCCUGGGAUCAACAAAAACUUAUGACAGUGUUCCCGAGCAGAGCGCCAUGGUCUCGAAAGUAGGGCUACUGGCCCAAUUCAUCCAACGUGAUGUCGGUAGGGAUUUCGGCAAGGGAGAAGUGUUGGAGAUGAAUUUGGUCACAAAUGCGAUGAAGUUUGCGAUCUACCUCGUAUGGAGCGAGGCGCUUUCUACCUAUCUUCCUGAUGACUUCAAGAUCUUUAUCGUUGAUCAUUCUUUAAGCGCCCUACAAGAUAGCAAGGUUCCCAAGACCGUGCUCAUUCACUACACAAACCUUCUAUACAACCAGAAUUUCCCGCCGAAGAUAAUGACGAAUUCACGGAUUACUCGAAUCCUAGCUGCUUUGAGUAAUCUUGCGGAUCGUGUGAAAGGCAACGGGGUUAUCUCGCAACGAUUAGGAGUAUACACACGCUUGCUUGGCCAGGACAAGGCUGCUAUGGCCUCGCAAGCAUCAUUAUGGGUCGAGAAUCUCAUUUCCGGUCUUCUCCACCCAAUCAAGGAUGUCAGGUCAAAGGCCUUGGUUCUUGGUAAUCAAGUCUCUGUCAUACUUGGCCCGAACUUGAAUAUUUCGAAAACCAUUCUAGACAUAUUCAACAAGGAACUGCCUAAGGGCCAAAAGCUCGUGUCAGAAAUUUGUGAGAGGAUGUCACGCAUGAUGUCCUCGGUUGAUAGCGGAGAGCAUGUACCACAGAUUUGGAGCAUUAUCAUCCUACUCCUGAGAAGUAAGCGAUUCGUUAUGGAAGAGUGGACAUAUUUCAAGGAUUGGGUCCUUGUUUUGCAAAAGUGUUUCAACUGCAGUGAACCUCGAAUCAAGAUUCAGGCUAUUCUUGGAUGGAAUCGAUUCGUCUAUGUCAUCACUUGCAACGACUCGACCAGUCGUAGCAUGAUGAAGAUGCUCACGAGACCAAUUGUAUCGCAGUUUGAGCGCAAGAAAACCGAAAAACCAGGGAGCACCGUCAAUCGGGCGGUACUAUCAAGCUAUUACAAUCUCAUCUACUAUGCAUUCCGUCCGUCAGCUUCGUAUGAGCAUACCGACUUCAUUUGGGAGGAAUAUAUACACCAACCGCUAGCCAAAAUUUUCACUACCAGCUCUCAGCUGAGCGAUUCCGCCUGCAAAGCACUGGCAUCCCUCCUAUGGAGCUCUCAACCUAAAGUGUGGACGGAAAACAAGAUCAACGAGCCAUUGAAGAUGGAGCCAGAAAAUAUAUUUCCUAUCGAUUGCAAAUGGACCAGAUCACGCAUUGGUUUAGUGCUUAAAACAUUCGAAGCCCUCUUUCCAACCUCAACUUGGGCACCUGAGAACGAUCCGGUUUCAGACAUCGCGGUUGCGUGGGCUAAUCUCUGCAAAUCACUUGCAGAAGCAUCAAGCAAGGAGAUAAAGGCGUCAACAGGACUCACGCAAGCAAUUGCAAGUAUUCUUGAUCUUUUUCAGCGCCUUCGACAUGGAGCUCCUGCUUCAUUGAACGCAGAAACAAGCGACAAGUUCUUGGAAAGACUCUCCUUUCUUUCAACAACGCUCAUAACGGCGAUUGGGCCAUCACCAUUUACUGAAAAGCUGCUUCUUAAGACAGCCCAAGAGACGUAUCAGGCUGCAAAUACACCAACACACCAUCGCACACCCAGCGAUUCCAACCUCGACACCCCUUUCAUGCACAUUCUGCGCAUUCUCAGCUCGUUUGGCGAAGACUCAGAUCUGAGAGAUCUGAAGACUAGUCUUUUUGACAGCCUUCUAGAAGUCGCUUGCAGAGGCCGACAGUCCAGAGGAUCUCGUCUAGAGUUUUUAGAAAAAUGCACCCUGCUACGGCUGCGCGAUAGCGACACCGACCUAAAGCUGGUUGGUUCAAUCUGGGUGGCAGCAGCAAAGUUGACGAUAAAUUGUCUCACUUCCUUCCCAAUGGAGACUCCCCGAGAUAGAGACGGUACUGUUACCCGUGACUACGACAAUGUAACAAAGAUACUUGCCCGUGGAUUACAGUUUGGAACGACAUUUCAGACAUGGGACUCAUUGCUUGACGCAUGUAUACGCGUGGUUCGGACAGAAAGAGGAGAACGUAGCAUAGCGUCCCUCAUUAUCGAGCCUUUGGCGACUGAAUCCCUGCAACUGACUCGGAAAUUAUCGUUUUGGCCACUAAAAGCCCUUACCACCCAAGCCUUAUCAUUAUCCUAUUACCAGAAAGGUGAAACCCGAGCAUCCGUGACUGGCCUGGGCCAAGGGCCCACUGUGCCCAACCAUCCUUUCUUUCCUGAAAACCUUUUGGAGCUUAUUAUUAAAGUUACAGCGGAAGCUUACGAACAAUUCAAUGUCGAUGAAAACAUUGCAACCGCAGAGGUUAUGGAAUCUCUGACAGCUUUAUUGGGCAGCGGCACUGCGCAAUUUCGCUUCAAGCUCUUAGACAAGCUUCAAGCUCCAUUGUCAUUAUGGCUACAGGACACUGCUCGCUGCCUGACCUCUGAAAAUGGCACGAGCAACAGGUUACUGACUGCAUGUCGAACGCUCUCGUGGGCAGUAGCAAACAUCUUACAGACAGCUGUACCGCAUGAUGCCGAAUCGCUCCGUACGUUUGAAGCCAUCGUCUCCGCUGGUCUCGAGUCGGUGCACAAAUCAACAGCAAAUCGCUUCAUUGAAACAUGGAACACAAGCUUUGGAUUACAGGCUUCUGUUACUUAUCCUCCUGCUGUUCAGUUGGCUCUUGAAAAACUUGACCCUUUCGUGGAGCUACAGCUACCUUGUCCUUUACCAAGCAAGGAUAAUUCGAAGAGCUAUGGAAUUCCAGAUUUGGUAGAGUCUCAGGACACUGACAGUAGCUUUGACUCUGCUCAAGACCUUAUCACAAAGGACUUGAAAAACAGGUUCCGCAGAAAACAACGUCCUGCCACUUUUAGCUCUUCUCCAAUUACGCAGCUACUGGAAAAGAAUGCAGAGACUGCACAACCAGCGCGUGCCGAUAUGACUCCAAGACGGCGGCUUCGUCACGAUAAUUCUCAAAUCCAAUUUGUCCCAGUAGAGUCAUCUCCUCUGCCAUCGGAUAUUGAAAGCCAGCUGCUUACAGAGCGUCAAAAGGAGGUCAAGGAACGACAACGCGGAAGCAAUGCUAUGUUCCUCGAAGAUCUGCCGUCUUCCUCUCCUGCUCUACCUAGUCCGACAAAGGACACUGGUGUUCUGACUCCAGUCAAGUUGUCCGAUUUACGAGACACUGAGCUUGGCUCGGAUGAUCUAUUGACGCCUACACUGGCUGCGAACUUGCAAGAAAAUGACGAUGAUUUCCCGGGUUCCUCCCCAACUCCUAGCGCGAAGGACAGGUCCAUCCAAUCACAAAAGGUUUCAUCUUUUCCAUUAGGUGUCUCGCAGACAGAGAUUGCUCCUCCCUCCGAAAUUCAGUCACGUUCACCUCGUCGGCCGGCAGUGAGAAGAAAGUCUUCUCUUCGCCGAUCGGAAUCUUACACUUCGGAUGCCGACAAUCGUGUUGAAAACGGUAGUGGCAGGCGAAGAAGUACCAGACGCUCAGUUACCAGAUCGUCGGGCCCCACUACAGAAGAAACGCCUGUACAAGAAGCCUCGCCCAAGCAGUUAAAUAAGUCAUCAGACAGCAACAGCAAGGCUCUACCAGAACCAGAAGACGCGCCUUUAGACGAGAUCCCUGACACCUACAAGGACGAGUUUGAACAACAACUUGCUUCUCAGCUUGGACAAGAUCUGGAACUGGCAGUAGACUUUCAGGACAUAGAAUAUUCUCAACCCAGCAACACUGCAGACUUGCCACCCGCACCAGUCACCAGGAAGAGAAAGCGAGACACCAUAACUGAUGCUGAACACUCCCCAGUUUCAGACCGCGGAAAACGACGAUCUCUCAGAAGUUCCCAGAGUGCUCCUACCGAGGAUAAUUUUAAUACAGUAUCCAAGGAAAAUAAUACAACUGCCGGGACAACAACUCGUCGCUCAGGGCUUUCGGCAAAGGACGUUGUAACACCGCAAUCGUCUCCAACAAAGGGUGUCAGCACACCAGAUCCAGUUGCUGGUAACAGGACAAAUACUGGGUCCAGGAGGAGACGCAGGCGUCUGGAUGACAAUUAUGUCCCUGAAAUUCCAUCUUCUCCCCCUCAGGCUGAGUCACAUUCAUUGAAAAGGCGAAGAUCCCAACGACUUAGUGGAAUCCUCAGCUCGCCAGUUACUAAAUCAGACUCGAUGCCAACAACGCCAAGGAAACAGCAAAAACAUGCUCAAUCGUCGCCUGUCAACCCAGGUACCUCGACACCAUCUUCAAGAUCGUUGCGAAGGAGGACUCGCCUGUCUGAGGUUGCUGCUACACCUGAUGCGAACGAGUCCACAGAGGAUGCUACGAAUGAUUUAGAGCCAGAGCCGACAGAGCCGACUUUGCCUUUGGAGAUACCGGACCAGGAGACUAAAAUUCUUACGAGUGACGAGCCAUCUCCACAAGAAUUUGUCCAGAGCAAAGAUGACGAUGUUGCCAUGAGCAUGGAAGAUCCCAAUAGCAGUGUUCCAGCGUUGACAGAAGAAGCCCACAAGCAAACUGGGGAAUAUGUUUCUCAUGAGGUUCAGACGGAUACCGUGGUGGAUAAUGAGGGCGAAACUCAAGGAAGUGGUAUUGUCAGCUCUCUUCGCCAAGUCCUCAGUAAUAUCAAGAGUGCUUCCUUUGGUCGAGGUGUCCUGAGGGAGAUUGAUGACCUGAUGUUUGACAUCCGGGUCGAAGCAGUGAAAAGAAGCCAAGCCUAA